AUGAUCACCGAUUCACAACUCUACUCCCUCGCCAUCUUCCUCGGCAGCGCCGCAAUGCUGCUCAUCGUGCUGUACCACUUCCUCGAAGUCAACGCCCAGGAUGACGAGGUGAGCUCCGACCUCAAGGACGAGAAGGCCGGAGUCGGCGCCGUCAAGCCUGUGGGAUUAGAAUCUUCGUGA